UGAUUCUUCUAAGCUGCCGAGGCUUCAUUUGGCAUUGGCAAUUCGAGUCAAGAGCACGUUUUACAUUAUUCUGGACACGUUUUUGACCUUUAUUAACGAGAUCUUUCAUUUUUUCUUAUUACAUAAUUAACAAGUUUACCCUCAGUAUUUCCUCUCGACCCAGUUUAAUUGUCAAAAUCCACAUAUUUAUUUACAUUUUUUAAUAAAAUUUCAUAACUUUUUGUAUCAAAAUGCCUCCAUCACCUGCCCCUGUCACUGCACCUGUCAAACCCUUGACACCACUCCAACUCUUGUCACUGAAGCGUCCCUUGCAGACGUCGAAACGGACCACGACCGUCAUCAGUGACGAUGUUCCGAUCGUGUAUAAAGUGGAAAACUUGCGACCUCAUGAGUUUCCUGUUGUGGGGCUGGUGGUACAUCCGAGGAUAAUUCCGGGCUUUUGUUACAGAGUUAGACCCCUGAAUACUUCGAAGCACCUCUUUAGCGGACGUGCCCUGCAACUCGUCUCAGUUGGCCAAGGGUACGGGAAACGUAUCACUUUCAAGGCGGACGAUGGUCAGAAAAAUGUUAACGAUAAUUUCUUUUGGAGUGAUUCAAGACCUGAAGGAUACGGCUUUGAGCUAGAGGUCGUCUCCCCCGGGGACAAAUUCACUUUAUACGACGCUCACCACACGAAAAUAGGAAACUGUGAAGUUAUCAGCAACGAGGAACCACAAGUGGAACAAUCUCACUUGAUUUGGCCAGAAAAUGGGACGAUUGAGAAAUGGGUCGUGACCAAGUUGAGAUGCAAGAUCGAAUCACUGGAGGGCGCCGUGUCGGAGGAUGUCAUUUCCGGAAUUGCAAUUUCAUCCAAAGCGACCCGCACCGGGGCUGCGACUUUGGUUCGUAUCAUGAACUGCAAGCGGAUGAGCCAACGACAAUCAAAGAAGUCUGGUUUGACGCUGAUGCCAGGUGUGGAUUUCCACUCGCGGAGGAUCACCGUUUCUGGCGCCACACUCCAAGACGUUCCUGUGACCUACACGAUUACUGGGCUGCUUAAUCACGAAUUUCCUGUUAUAGGAACCUACGUCGACAAGCGAAUCCUUCCCGGAUUUCACUACAUCGUACGACCAGCCCAAUCCAAAACGCCACUCUUUGGGGGCAAACCCCUCAACUUGCUCUCGAUCGGGAGAGGUUACGGGAAACGACUCACCUUCGACUCUACCAGCAAGAACAAUAAUGAAAACUACUUUUGGAGCGAUUCCUACCCUGAAGGAUUCGGAUUUGCACCGCAAGCCGUCUUCGAAGGGCAUCGAUUCCGCAUUUUUGUGGGCGAAGAAGAAAUCGGAGUUGCCGUCGUGAAAAAGGCGACCAAACCACAGGUGGAAAUACAAAUGGUAAUCUUGCCCGGGGGUGGAGUCUUAAAGAGUUUUAGGAUCGAUGUAACUUGCUGCAUGAAUGUGAGAUCCGUGAUUACGAGGGCAUGUCGCGUUUGUGGAACGGCCGUCGUGGUGAGAAAAAGUCUAAAUUCGCCAGCAAAAUUGGAAACCAUCGAGUCCCCCGGAUUGGAUACGGAACUAUCGAAAAACUUUCGCUAUAUUCCUGGAGAAGUGAAAUUUGUGGCUUUUGAGCAUCAAAAGUAUUUAAAAGAUAUGUAAAUAAAUAUUUAUAAAUACAAGGAAAUCGUCUCUUUUUAAAUAAAAAAUGUUCUUAUUGUA